AUGGAGGUCGACACAUUUGGAUCAGUGAUCCUGUACGUUUACGGUAGAAGAGAUGCCAGAAUCAGAGUAGAUUGGCGUCCUCUUUUCGAAUACGCGGAUGCGAUAGAUGUAACUGAAGCCAAAGAGUCACAGCAGUAUUUCCUGGAUUCCUCGGAGACGUCGCAGACUGGCUACGAGCCUAAGGCCGGAACUCAAAGAGGGCCCAAAGAACAGAGGUUUUUUGACGGGAGGAUUGUCGGGUGGCAUGGUUUCAGACCUGCUUUUAUCCUUCCUUCUGUAAUGCUCAUGACCGCUGUCCCACAAACAUGGUUCUUCCUGUACAAAAGCGGCUAUCAAAUCAUUGAUAGGUUGUUUUCCUAA